AUGGAAAACUCAAAGCAAAGAGCUCUUCGUCUUGGACAAGUUAACCUUACAAAAAUAAUGAAAAAUGACUGUGAUUUUACACCUGAAGCAUCAAAAAAGGCUGGAGAAACUUUGGGAAUUAUUAUAUGGAAAUCUCGACAUGAAGAAAUAAUUAGGCAGAAGUCUUUAUAUUGUCAAGAAAUUUUAAAAACUGAAGCACGAGUUGUUAAAGGUCGAAGGAGACACGAUGUAAAUACAUAUAAACUAUCAACACUGCUAAGUAAUCAUGGUAAAGGUAAAAAAAGAAAAAAUAUGGAUAAUGUAAUUAGUAAACCUAUUACCAAUAAUAAUAAUGAAUCUGAAAAAAAUUCUUCUCCUAAACAUAUCCGUCGGCUCACAAGUAAUAGUGCGAAAGAAAUUCUUGCUCAACUACUUACUUGUAACUCUUUUUCUAAUGAUGACCAAUUGUUGUAUAAAGUUCUUCAUAAACUUCAAGAUGUAGAUCCAGGUUGGACAAAAGAGCGUGUUAUUACAUAUUGGAGAAACCAUAAAAAAUAA